UCCCGCGCACAUGAGGGGUGCAACACGAUCCAUGGGCAAAUUCUCUGGCCACCGGAUGGCAAAGUCCUGGUCGGCCACCAUCAAGUUGGAGUAGCCGCCAUAGGUGAGAGAGCUGUCGGGCAUGACGCCGUUGUACUUCCGAGAUUGCUGGAGCACUGGUUGCACUUCCGACAAGACUCGACCAUAACGCCGACGGUAACGUUGUCCUCGGCUCGGUGCCAACUUGUCGACCUUGGUGCUGCCGAAGUCGCGCCUGCUCGCCUGGAAGUCGCUGGAAGACAGGGCUCCAUCUUGAUGCUCUCAUCGUCGGAAAAUGCAGCUCUCGAAGGUGUUGGCUUCAAGGCGGCCAGACGAUGGUCGGAUAAGACGAUGGCUGGGGGAAAAGUCACCAGAAUCGCUGCUUCAGACGAGAAGGAUGAGGCUCGC